AUGGUGGAAGACCGGGUGUUACUGUUGUCUGUUGGUCUGUCUCUCGGCCUGCUGACGCUGCUGCUGCUGGGUCUGCUGUGGUUCUACCUGUGGAGGAAGAAGAAGGACCAGAGUCUUUACCAGGAGCUGCCGUCCACCGUUCCUCCAGUCCCAGCAUGCUCUGCUCCCGUCAUCCGGGUCUCUCAGGGCUCCUGGACCACGCCGGGUGAGAUCCCGUUCACUUUGCCUCCUCGUUUCACGACACAAACUCGCGGUGAAGUGGAGACGGAGGAGAAAGAGGAGGUGGAGAUGAAGAUGGAGACGCAGCGCGACAUAUUAGCCCAUCGAGGGUCACUGUCAGUGAGGAGUUGGUAUCCGGUGGGGACGGUUCUCACUGGUCUCUACUCGGUUCCUCCUCUAAAGGAGGUGGUGGCUCCUCCGCCCGGCAUGGCCACCCGCCUCUGCUUCUCUGUGGAGUACCGACACAGCGGCGAGCAGCUCAUGGUCACGUUGUUCCGUCUGGGAAACCUCCCGCCUCGUUUCCACGGCAAUAUCACGCUGGUGGAGCUUCGGCUUCUCCCUGACGACCGGCGGCCCCGCCAGGCCAAGGCCCGAGGCACGGGGCCCGACCCGGAGUUCAACGACUGCCUCAUCUUCCAGGUGUCGGGAGUGUGUGUUCCUCAGAGCGUCCUGAGUGUGUGUGUGCUGAGCGUGGAGCAGAACGGGAAACGCCACCCGGUGGGCAGGGUGCUGCUUCCUCUGGAGGGCGAGCUCGGUCGGGCCGGGCGGGUUCUCUGGAGAGACCUGGAGACCGAGGACGACACACAG